GAGGUUUUGAAAAAAAACAAAAAAAAAGAGAAAUGCUCUUAUAAUCAUGGUGUUGCAAACGAGACUAGAUUAUGGAUUCAAUGGCUAUGAGGUGCCUCCCACACCUCGAGCUGCAAGAUCCCCAAGAAAGAGUGCUUUCAAGAAGAAAAGCGAAAACAAUCAAAUAUCAUCGUCCUUCGAUUUGUUGGCAGCAGUAGAUGGAAAACUACUGCUUGAAAGUGGUGGGGUUUCUUCUUCCUCAAGUAACAACGCCUCGGGAGAUAAUAAUGAAGAUCGGUGUGGGGGUAAGAAAGAACCAGACGAUCAAAUGGUUGUGGAAGAGACUCAUUGUGAUCAUCAUCAUGAUAAUAAUGCUGAAAGGAGUUUCUUUGUCUCUGAGAUCCUUCCAAAAGCUCGUGAAAUGGAAAGCUUCAAUAGAUCUCCAAACCCUAAUAAAGAUUUCCUAUUUGGAUCUACCUCUGGUAUCACUUGUGAAUAUUCCUCGGAGAAGCUUGGAACUCAAGAAUUAGCGUAUGAGGAAGCCAAGAUCCACAAUGGUGAUUGUUUUAGGUCAGAUACUAAUGACAAGAAACCAAUGCUUGAGAGGCUAAACUGUGAACCAGAGUUAUCAAAGAACAAGGAUAAGCAUCAUAUAGAUUUACUCAAUGGUAUGGAAAAUAAUGAUGGAAGAGUUAAGAAAGUUCUGUCUUCAAAGUAUUGUAAAGUCUCUUCAAAUCAGAAAGAUACAAUGGUAGCUGGCUCAGACUUGGACUUGAAGCCUGGUUAUUACAGCAAGAAACAUUGUCUCAAAAGCUUAAGAUCGGAGAAGAAGUAUCCAAUCAAGAAAAGAAGAUACUUUGAUGGUUAUACAGCCUCACAGUCAGAAGAAACAGUUAGAAAUGAAGGCCUUUCUGGUUCACCUCGAAAGGCUUUUCUGUCAACCAUAGCUUGUCAGAAGCAGCCAGCUUUACAAUCAAGAGAUUCUCAUGUGAAACUUGGAAUCAAGUCAUUUAGGGUUCCUGAACUUUCCAUUGAAGUUCCAGAGACUGCUACUAUUGGUUCCCUUAAGAGGACAGUCUUGGAAGCUGUAACCACUAUACUUGAAGGUGGAUUACGCAUAGGUGUUCUUGUUCAUGGGAAAAAGGUUAGAGACGACAAUAAAAUGCUUCUUCAGACAGGAAUCUCUCUAGACACUCUUUCAGAUACUUUAAGCUUUUGUCUUGAGACCAAUCCUCCACAAUCCACAAAACCACUUUCUCCUAAAGAUUCUGAUUAUAUGCGUCCGUGUAACGUACCUCACACUCUAACUAAGUGUCUCCCAACACUGGGGAAACAUGCUAAACCAAGUGACUCUGUUGAAAGUGACCUUGACUCCAAACCCUCUUCACCAUUUAGGGCUAAACCCGUCUACUCCAGAGCCUUGAUUCCUGUCUCUCCUCCUCUGCAUGCUCAGGCUUUAAACGUAGUCCCACAUCGGAAACCUAAGCGAUCUGAGGUGGCACAGCGUAGAAUACGUCGACCUUUCUCUGUUGCGGAAGUAGAGGCGCUUGUUCAAGCUGUGGAAAGACUUGGGACCGGAAGGUGGCGUGAUGUAAAGCUGAGAGCGUUUGAUAAUGCAAAGCACCGGACUUAUGUUGAUUUGAAGGACAAAUGGAAGACGCUGGUGCACACAGCGAGAAUAUCACCGCAACAAAGGAGAGGUGAGCCAGUUCCACAAGAGCUCUUGGACCGGGUACUAAUGGCUCAUGCCUACUGGUCCCAACAACAGGGAAAACAGCAGUUGCUAGAGGGACCCCAGAAGCUUGAGACCAGUCUUGGUCUUUAGAGGGAAAAAAUGUCAUCUUCACGGCGUGAGAAUGGACAUAUGAACCAGCUUUUUUUUUCUUUUCAUAUAUACUUAAUUAUUUGUUUUGUUAUGUCAUGUAUUUGAAAAGAAUCAUUGUAUAAGAAAAAAAGGAAUGGAAGGUGGGUGGUGAAGAGAAGAUAAUAGAGA